UUUAUCUUCCCUCGCGCACGCAGAGAGGAGGUGCACGCGCAGUGUUAGGGUUGUUGGGGUUGUUGGGGGUACUUGUGGAGGACCAUGGUGGGGGGGGAGAUGGAGGGGAAGGAGAAGCCCAGGCCCAGUCCAGACUACCUGAUGCAGCUCAUGAACGACAAGAAGCUGAUGAGCAGUCUGCCAAACUUCUGCGGCAUCUUCCAACAUCUGGAGAGACUGCUGGACGAAGAGAUCAGGCGUGUCAGGAAGGACAUGUACAACGACACGCUGAACGGCUCUGAGAGGAGCAGCGAGCUGCCGGACGCCGUCGGCCCCAUCGUCCAACUACAGGAGAAACUCUACGUCCCUGUGAAGGAGUACCCUGAUUUUAACUUCGUGGGGAGGAUCCUCGGCCCCCGCGGCCUCACGGCGAAGCAGCUGGAGGCGGAGACAGGAUGUAAGAUCAUGGUGCGAGGGAAAGGCUCCAUGAGAGACAAGAAGAAGGAGGAGCAGAACAGAGGGAAGCCGAACUGGGAGCACCUGAACGAGGAUCUGCACGUCCUCAUCACGGUGGAAGACGCUCAGAACCGAGCGGAGAUCAAACUGAAGCGAGCCGUGGAGGAAGUCAACAAGCUGCUGGUCCCCGCGGCGGAGGGAGAGGACAGUCUGAAGAAGAUGCAGCUGAUGGAGUUGGCGAUCCUGAACGGCACGUACAGAGACGCCAACAUCAAACCAUCCUCCCUUGCCUUCUCUCUUGCAGCCUCCUCUCAGAGUUCUCGUGUCCUGUCUGGUCCCGGUCCGGUUCUCGCCCCCCAGGCCGCCCUGCGUACCCCCGCCCCCGCAGGCCCCACCCUCAUGCCUCUGAUUCGUCAGAUCCAGACGGUGCUGCCCAAUGGGACGCCUCACCCGGGCGUGUCGGCUCUGAUGCCGCCGGGCGCCGAGUCGGGUCUGAUCUACGCCACGCCGUACGAUUACCCGUACGCUCUGGCGGCGCCGGCCUCCAUCUUGGAGUACCCCCUGGACUCUGGGGGGGUGCUAGGUAAGCCCGCCCCCCCCUGCUCCUGCGACUGCUCCCCAACGCCUCACCACCACCCACACGGCCAGUGGAGCCCCGCCCCCACACUGCUCCUCAGACACGCCUCCUGAGAGAGAAAACAAGCGCUCCGCCUCAUAGACACACACAC